CGCGUCCGCGCCGUCCUGAACAGAUCGUCACAGCACACGCCCAUCUCCGCCAGCAAAGAACACCAUGAAGUCGUGGAAUUUAGGCAGCAAGAAGCCGAAGGACAGCAAGGAGGCUGGCAUCCUGUCGCGUUCAAUAACACCAGUGCCUCCGUCGCGAGCAGCAACUCCAAAGCCCCCAGGCGGCGAAAACAUCUCUCGCUCGGGUAUGCUCACCAUCCGCAUCUUCUCUGGGCGCGGAUUGGCACUGCCCCCCGGUGUCCAGGUUCCCGACAUCAUCCAGAGAGCGCUGGACUCAAAUCCCUCCACGCGCCGUUCAACUAGCAACCGAGACAGCAUACAGCGGAAGCGGUCUUGGUGGCUGCCCUACGUUGUACUCGAGUUCGACAAGAAUGAGGUUCUCGUUGACGGAAUGGGUGGAGACUUGUCCAAGCCAGAAUGGAACUACAGGGCCGACUUUGACGUCUCGCGGAUGUCCAACAUCUCCGUAUCCGCGUACCUACGGACUGCGCAGUGCGUCGAGGGGCAGGACGACAUGGGCAACGACAUUCUCAUGGCACGGGUAGAUUUGACUCCGAUGCUGGACAGUCACCAUGCCUCUGACCAAUGGUACACCGCGACCGCCGGUCAGGGCGCGUUCCAUCUCAAAAUCGACUUCAAGCCCGCACGACACGAGUCACUCUCGAUCGAGCAGUUUGACCUGCUCAAGGUCAUCGGCAAGGGCAGUUUCGGCAAGGUCAUGCAAGUCCGGAAGAAGGACACGCAGCGGAUAUACGCGCUCAAGACCAUCCGGAAAGCAAACAUCGUCUCGCGUCCGGGCGAGAUUACCCAUAUUCUCGCAGAGCGGACGGUGCUUGCACUGGUGAACAACCCGUUCAUCGUACCGCUCAAGUUCUCGUUCCAGACCCCAGACAAACUGUAUCUCGUCAUGUCAUUCGUCAACGGCGGGGAGCUAUUUUAUCACUUGCAACGCGAGGGCAAAUUCGACGAAAGCCGCAGCCGCUUCUACGCCGCUGAACUACUGUGCGCGCUGGAGCAUCUCCACAGCUUCAAUGUGGUCUAUCGCGAUUUGAAACCGGAGAAUAUUCUACUCGAUUAUACUGGACACAUUGCCCUCUGCGAUUUCGGCUUGUGUAAGCUGAAUAUGUCGGAGACCGAGAAGACAAACACCUUCUGCGGAACGCCUGAGUACAUCGCGCCGGAGCUUCUCGAGAGCCAGGGAUACACAAAGACUGUGGAUUGGUGGACACUGGGUGUGCUCCUGUACGAGAUGAUGGCAAGUUGUCCUACUCUUACCGGUCUGCCGCCGUUCUACGACGAGAACGUGAACGUCAUGUACCAGCGCAUCUUGUCCGACCCUCUGCUAUUCCCAGCGGACAUGUCGCAUGACGCAAAGAGUGUUAUGGCCGGUCUCCUGCAGCGGGAUCCAUCACGUCGACUCGGUGCUGGAGGUGCGGAUGAGAUCAAGCGGCAUCCGUUCUUCUCCAAACACGUCGAUUGGAACCGCCUGCUGGCCAAAAAGAUACAGCCGCCCUUCAAGCCCCAUGUCGAGUCCGUCCUGGACGUGGCCAACUUCGACGCCGAGUUCACCGGCGAAAAACCGCAGGAUUCGCACGUCGACGAUACACCGCUUUCGGAGACAGUUCAGGACCAGUUCCGAGGCUUCACUUACAAUCCAGGCAACGAGCACCUCAGCGAGAGUAUCAGCUUCCCAAGUGUCAUGAGUUAAACGAGUAAGUGGCCUUGGUACCGCUCGCUGCUCAAAGGCGUCGUCGUUACACUCGGAUGACUAGAGUCCCUUUGCUUCACCCUCCGUGCUUACCCUCUAAAACCGUUCUUGACUUUCCCCAUAUCUUCGAUCCGGAAUCGCGCCCUGUCUCUCGCUUGUUCCUCCGGUUCCCAGUCCCAUUCUUUCUUUUCCAUGUAUUUAUGUAGCAGACUGGGCUUCCGUUGAUUUUAUAUAUGUACACGCACUCUCUCCCUGUCCUUCUGACGUAUAGCGCUAGUUUCGAUGCAUAAGGACUUUGUUCGAAUCAAAUUGUGUAGCAUUGUUUCGUCUUUUCUCAUUUGACUUCCAGCUUGGCUAGCUUAGUGAUGUAUGCAUGUACACGCGAGUAUAUACUUACGCAACCCGUACGAUCCAUUGUACAGCAAUGUGCUGUGGAGUUCUAUAUGACAGUUCGCUGCUAGGACCAG